UUACUUACUCCUCAAAACAAUCGACGGGCUGACAAAAAUGCACAAGAAAAGUUUGAAGAAGUAGAAUCUGAUAACACUUUGGUUUAAAGACAAAUUCCUGUAUUUGAUUAUGUCAAAAAGAUGAAGAAAAAUGGCCUUGAUGGGACCUAAAGCCUUAACUGAGAGAACUUGGAAAAGGAAGGCGAGUGAUCCAGAUGAUGAAAAUCCAAACUUGGUCUUAGACAGUGAAACCCUAGGCUCUAGUAAAGCAGAAUUACAAACCAAGAAGAAAAAGCCACCUUCACCUCACUACGAUUACACCUCACUGAGUGAUGCUGAGUCAGACACAGAAUUUAGCUGCUCAGGGAGCUCUAUUUCAAGUGAUGAAUCACGGAACUCUAACCCAGAUAACCAAUGGGACAAUCGGGACCUAGAGUACUUAAAUAUCUUCUUCGAGAAGACACCAGAAACAUUGGAGAAUUUUACCAAAGAAGUGAAGGACGGUUACAGGAAUAGGGAAGGUGUAUGUCCCAAUCCCAGCAGAAUGACUGAUAUUUUGAGGAGACAACUGGAAGAGGAUCUGACAUUUUCUUAUGAUCUGGGAGAAGUACGGGACAUUAGGUGUGCUUCAGCUAAAGAUGUGAUAGAGGCCAGAGAGGAAGUGUCUAGGAAAAUAAAGGAGAAUGUCCAAAGGAUGCAGGAUAAAGCAGAGGAUUUUGAUUCUGAAAACCAAUUGUGCAGGGUGCUGGAAUCAGCGGUGGGGAAAUCUGCCCUGGAGGUCGCUGUGUUGUUUAAUUCUGCCUCGAGGCACUUUGCCCGGGAGACUGAGUUACUACUUAAACUGGUGCUAAGGGAGCCUUUAUCUUCAUCAAAACAAAAUGAGGCAGGGCCAGGCAAAAAUUACUUCCUGAACUUUUGUAAAGUGUUCGGAAAAAUCUUCUUUUUAAGUGAAGGUGAAUUACCUCUGGUAUCCUUUACAUUAAAUGAUUGUACUUUGAGGAAGAAGCCUGGUAUUGUCUACCCUUGGUAUUCUCUGGCCAGGGGGGAGGAACUAUUGUUUAUAACAGAGGUACAUGAAGCGCCAGUUAAUGAAGACACAGCAGACAUAAAAGACCAAGUUGGGACCAAAAUCAUGGGACAGUUUGGAAUAGAACUCAUUGGCCAAUUAAGACGUUCUGUAUUCUAUCCAAAUUGCCUAGGAGUUCUCUGCAUGGAAACAAAGUUAAUUUUUGUAUUACUGAAAGUAUCAAAGAAACAUGCCAUCAGCCUAUGUAAAGGGCAGAGGGGUUCCGCAGAAGAUCCAGGGAAGUGUAAAGGGCAGAGAGGUUCCGCAGAAAUUCCAGGGAAGAUAAUGUACACAGAGCCUCUAGACAUGCUGAAAGCUGAGGACAGGUUAAAAAUGGCGGAGUUCUUCUUCUGGUUAGGGUGUCUACAGGAUCCGAAAAAACACAGAUUUUGUUGAUUUGUACUGUAUAUAUGUGAAACAUAUGACAGCCUUUCAUUGUUUCAUAUAUGUGAAGCAUACUUAACACACCAGUGUUUACUUAGAAGUCCUACUAAACAGUGUACACUAGUACGAUAGAGUACUUUAGAGUAUGCUAAUAAAAUUUUAUGAUUUAAUGCAAUUAAACUGCUUUUAGUGUGUUUCUCUACAUUAGUUUAACAUAAAAAACAUACAUUUUCAAUAAAAUGCGUAUAUGUUUUUAAUUAUAGAGAAGUUAUUUUAAUUUUUUAUUUCAGGUUAUGGUUUAUCGUUUGAUCCAGAUGAUCUCAAUCUUAUUUAAAUUCAAAUGUUUCAUUUUUAGUGUGAAAAAUUACAGUGUAUUUAAAUUUUUGAUAAAGAAAAUUUAGCUGAAAUUAAAAAGUCUGAAAAAAAUUGUAAUCAAGAUUUGGGUAUAAACAUGGUUAAUAAACCUUUAAUGCAUUGAAUCGUGAAUAUUGCUUUCUUGUCAAAAUAUCGCUAAAAAUACAAAUAUGUGGGACAAAUGUUGCAAUAUUAUUUCGAAGGUUGUAUGUACAUAAAUGAACAGUCUAAUUAUAUUAAAAUGCAUGAUUUUCUAGCGUACUCUGAAGAACUCUAGCGUACUCUGUUUAGUAGUACCUCAGUUUUGUUGAUUUAUACUGAAAAUGUGAAACAUAAGACAGCCGUUAUUUCAUUGUCCCAAAAACAUUGGUUUGUUGAUACAUACUGUGUACAGUAUAUAUUUUAAACAUGAUUUAGGCAGCCUUUCAUUAUUUCAUCAUCCUAAAAAACACCGGUUUUGUUAGUAUAUAUAUUCUAUAUAUGUUAAACCCACUUUAUAUGGCAGCUGUUCACUAUUUCAUAAUAGAGUAAAAGAGAGUUUUAUGUUAAUCAUGUUAUAAUAUAAACAUCUGUUGAAAAUUAAAGAGUUGUUUACCUUAAUCUUGAUUAUAUUUAUUUAAUUAAAAAGAUAAUUUCAUGCAAUGAAUUCUACAUGUGCUUUAUUAGGUCACCUAAGUAGACUCAGGUGACCUACUGCUAUCAGUUUUCGUCUGCCGUCAUGUGUCGUUCGUUGUGUGUUAACAUUUAAACAUUUUCAACUUCUCUGAAAUCGCUGAACCAAUUUCAACAAAUUUUGGCAUAUAGCAUCCAUGGGUGAAGGGAAACAGAAAUUAUGAAUUUCAUGGACCAUGACCCAAUGGGGCCUGGGGGUUGGGCCAAAACCGCUAAAUUUAGUGCUAUCUUUAAAAAUCUUUUUUUUUACUCCUGGACAUAAAGCAGUCAAACUGUUGGUAUGAUUGUAAUCAGCAUUGAGUCCUCUAGCAAAAUUGUGAAAUUGAUGGCCCCAGGGUCAGGGGUUCUAGUGAUAGGGCGGGGCUGUUUU